GUUUUAAAUCACCCUCAAUUAUUAAUUAUCUAGAACCUAUGACCGGUGACUUAUUCACCGCGCGGUUCGAUGACUGUCAUUUUGAUGAGACAAUAUUCCCAGCCUUAGGGGGAGAUAUUAAAGAAAUGGACCCACGUACGAAAGAUAUUACUUGGAAUGCAACAAAUUUAUCUUUUCUUGAUUCUCGCACAAAUGCUUGUGAACAAGAAAUUCAAAAGAUUAUUCAUUUACAAAAUGUUGCAAACCAAUUGCCUGAUGCUUUCACAGACUCAAAGAAAGUGACAAAGUCACAUGUUCCAACUAUGAAUGCUCC